AUGUUCAAAACUAAGAAGAUCAACUUAGAGAAGAUUUGUACUGGGUUGCAGCAAGAUCAUGCAUCGUUCCAAACAUCCCUCACUUUGCAAAUUACAAAGCUUCAGGAUGAUUUGGCUAUGAAAAGUAAAAUUAUGGAUGCCCUAGCGAGGAAGACAGAGAGGGUCAAGGUGUUGGAUAUUAAGCUUCAACAAUCUGAGAAACAGGUCGAGGAUUUGUUAUCUAAGAGGGUAGCUGUGCGAAGUUGCAUUACAGAUGUCACUGGUUUGCUCUCUGAUAUCAUUGAGACCGGGGACUCGAUGAUUUCUAUUACGAUUUGCAAACACCUUGCUAAGAAGUUAAGCGUCGUCUUCGCAAUGUUGCAUCAUUUGAAGGGUGUUUGUCCUCAAUCGUCUGAACAUAAACAAGGGGGAGAGGGUGCAUCUAAAAUUCAACCUCCAAAAGUCAUUUUCAAGCCCAUUAUCAAUAAAGAACCUAAGGGCAAGGAUAAUUUGAUCGAAGAGCCUAUAAUUGACAAUGAUGAAGAUGAGGAGCCUGAUGAAGCUAAACUUAAAAGCCGAAAGUCUCGCGAUGUGAACUGA